AUGUCCCUGUGGAUCCUGCUCCAUCUUGCCUUCCUUGGGCUCAGCACUUUGGGAUUGGGGCCUCAGAAUAACUUCAACCUUUACCCCUCAGCCUGGCCAUCCUCCCUCGACCUCAACUCACCCCUAGAGGUCCAUGAAACCAUCCAGAUUCCUAACAACGGGAGUGCACCCCUGCAAGUGAAUGUGCAGGUGUUUGUGUCCAAUGUGUUUAAUGUGGACAUCCUGCGGUACACAGUGUCUUCUAUGAUGAUGCUCAGGCUGUCCUGGCUGGAUGCUCGCCUGGCCUGGAAUGCUAGUGCGCGCUCUCGGCAUGCAGUCAUACUGCCCUGUGAAUCACUCUGGACGCCUGGACUCACCAUCCGGGAAGCGCUCUGGGUGGACUGGAAGGACCAGAACCCACAGGCCCGAGUAGACCCAGAUGGCCAUGUGGAGCUUAACCUGGCUCUCACCACAGAGACCAACUGCGACUUUGAGCUCCUCCACUUCCCCAGAGACAAGAGCGACUGCAGCCUCAGCUUCUUCGCUUUUAGCAACACUGUGAGGGAGCUGGAGUUCCGGGCCCAUGCGGUGAAUGAGAUUGUGAGUGUCAAGAGGGAAUAUGUGGUUCGUGACUUGAAAACCCAAGUCCUGCCCCUGCAGGUAGUACCCUGCUUCCAGGUGACGCUGAGCCUGAAGAACACAGCACUCAAGUCCAUCAUAGCGCUGCUGGUACCUGGAGAGGCGCUGCUGUUAGCUGAUGUGUGUGGGGGGCUUUUGCCCCUCCAGGCUACGGAACGCAUUGCCUACAAGGUGACAUUGCUGCUGGGCUACCUGGUCUUCCACUCCUCCCUGGUGCAGGCCUUGCCUAGCUCCUCUUCCUGCAACCCACUGCUCAUUUACUACUUCACAGUCCUGCUACUGCUGCUCUUUCUUAGCACCACAGAGACCGUGCUGCUGGCUGGGCUGCUAGCUCGGGAUAGUCUUGGGGACAAAAGUAGCCCCAGCCCAGGCCCAAGAAGAGAGCAGAGAAAGGAGAACCUGGGGCCUAAUUCUGAAGCAGACCCCAGCGGAGGAAAGAGGUCAAGGAGAAGCUGGGCUGAGGCUGCUGAUCAUACCUUCUUCCUCGUAUAUGUGACCAGUGUGGUGUGCAUCCAGCUCAUCUUUGCUGGAACAUGGAUAUGGGCAACAUGCAAGUCUGACCCAGCCCCUGGCAAGGCUGUCCCUCAUGGUGGGCCACCCAGGCUGUAA